UAAAAACAGCAUAAAGUAAAAGUAAAUAUGCCGAGCAAUAGUAAAUAUUGUUUAUUGUGUGGUAAUCGCGGAACUACUGCAGUUUCUUAUUACUCAUGUUGGCAUCACGUUCAGCGCCCUAUUCUCCUUCCAGUAGUAUAUGUUCUAAGAAAUAGAAGCAGUCAAUGCGCUGAGAACAUAGACUUAUAUAAAUAGACUGCGCAGCUCAACGGGCCGGCUGUCGUCUGGACUAGAGAGAGAAAGCAUGAGUGGCCGGAGCUUUGUCUCUUUCUAAUGGUGGUAAUGGUGGGGGACUCGGCAAGAACUGAGGGAGAGAAGGCUUCCCCACCUAGCUUAACCUCUAAGCAGUAAGCACCCUACACACAACUGAAGUACAUACUGCAGCCUGUUUAUUUCGAUGUCCACGGUAGCCGCGUGGACGUAGCCUACGAUAUUGUUAUUUUAAGUAAAAUAACGAAGUAAUUGAAGAAAAAUGGUUUCUGAUUGUUGUGUAUGUAAAGUGUCCCAAGGAGUUAUUGAUAAUGUAUCGUUUCACAGUUUCCCUAAAAACGACGAACGAAGAGAGCAGUGGCUGAAAUCUGUGAACAUGACAGUUUCUAAAAAAAGUUGUGUUUGUAGUCAGCAUUUUCGCGAAACAGAUUUCAUAUACAAAGUCGUUGGAGAUAGUGUGCGUCGAUUUUUAAAACAAACAGCAUGCCCAACAUUAUCACUUGAUAAUAAUUCUAUAAGAGUGGCCGACACAGGAGAUAUUUGUAAAUCAGUGUCAGAGGAUAAUCAAAAUAAAAACUCUUGUGAGAUCAUGUGUAAUGAAAAUGUAAACAGUUGUAUAUCCGAAACUGAAUCUACCAGUAAUGAAAAAAUUAAUGAAACAACAAAAAGGAAAAAUUCUGAGGAAUUAAAUUUUGAUACAAAGAGAGUGUGUAAUCCUCGGUACAUGGGAGAUCUUCGUAAAGAACAUUUUAUGUCAGAGUCAGUUUAUUUUAUUGUAAAAAAAUACUAUGACGAAACUCAAAAGAAAUUAAAUACCUUACACCAAAAAGUUAAUCGACUGCAGAAGAAAUUUAAUACUAUGGAAGAAUUAACAAAACAUUUAAAAAGUAUUGGACUUUUAUCUGAUGAAACAGAAGAAGCUUUACAGAAACAAAUUACACCUGCCCUUAUGGAAAUGUUCAAGAAAUGCUUAACAAACAAGAUAACGCCAGAAUAUUCAACCGAACUAAAAAAGUUUGCUUGCACAUUACUUUUUUAUUCCACACCCGCUUACAAAUUCAUACGAGAAUCCUUCAACAAUACCGAGGAUACGUACACAUUUUAA